AUGAAUGAAUUCGAAAAGGGCGGAACAACGAAGGGCGAUGGCUUGGACGAGAACCCGCCGAGCUUUAUCCACCAGGAAAAGAGGGAGAAUGUACUGCCUGAGAUCGAGGGCCGCGGAGCGAACAAUCUGAACGCCGUCUUCGAGAACCCGCUAGCUGGUAUUCCCCGCGAACAGCUCUUGCGAGAUGUCGAGAAAUUCUGCUUGAAGUACGACCUUAUGGCAGACCUCAAAGUCUUCCAAAAGGGCGCGCUCAUCUCACAGACCCCUGAAUCAGCAGCAAGUCUUCCGGAGUUGGAUGAAACCGAGAGGAUGGCUCUCAUCCGAGAACACACCCAUAAAUGGUCGCAGCCAUGGCAACUCUAUUUUCUUGCAAUAAUGUGCUCUCUCGCUGCCGCCGUCCAGGGUAUGGAUGAGACCGUCAAUAACGGUGCUCAGGCGAUCUACUUAAAGCAACUUGGUAUCAAAGGUAACGACAAUCUCACCGGUCUUGUCGUCGGCGCACCAUACUUGGCCUGCGCUAUUCUCGGUUGCUGGCUGACCGAGCCUCUGAACCGAGUCUUUGCCCGUCGUGGAACAAUCUUCAUCUCUUGCUUCAUCGCGGCCAUUGCCUCGAUCUGGGAGGGACUUUGCAACUCAUGGGUGAAUCUGUUCAUUGCCCGCUUCGUUCUUGGCCUGGGAAUUGGUUCCAAAUCAACUACGGUACCGGUCUACGCCGCCGAAUGCUCACCAGCUCCAAUCCGAGGUGCUCUCGUGAUGAUGUGGCAAAUGUGGACGGCCUUUGGUAUCAUGCUUGGUAAUAUCAUGGGAGUUGCCUUCAUGAAUCUCGAUGACAAUCUAAGCUGGCGUCUCAUGCUGGGAUCUACCGUCGUUCUCCCCCUCGUUGUCUGUUCCCAGGUCUACAUCUGCCCCGAGUCCCCCAGAUGGUUGAUCCAGCAUGACAAGAUCGAGAAAGCCUACCAGAGCUUUAAGAUUUUACGAAACACCGACGUUCAGGCUGCAAGAGAUUUGUACUAUGCCUACGUGGCCGUGCAACUGGAGCGCAAGAUCAACAAGGGAAAGAACUUUUUCACCAUGUUCCUUGAGCUUUUUACUAUUCCGCGCAACCGUCGUGCUACACUAGCUACCUGGAUUGUGAUGUUCAUGCAGCAGUUCUGUGGUGUCAACGUUAUUGCCUACUAUUCCACCACCAUCUUCCAGGACUCCGGAUAUAGUCUAUCAACUGCACUCUUGGCCUCCAUGGGAACUGGUAUUCUCAAUUGGGUCUUCGCCCUGCCGGCCGUUUUCACCAUCGACACCUGGGGUCGCCGCAACCUGCUACUCUUCACAUUCCCCUUCCUGGCCAUCUUCUUGUUCUGGUCAGGGUUUUCCUUCUGGAUUGAGCCAAACAUUCUGGAUAGCAAAAAGAGAGUCGCAAUGGUCACGACAGGCAUGUAUUUGUUUGAAGUGUUCUAUUCCCCCGGUGAAGGACCGGUUCCGUUCACUUAUUCCGCCGAGGCAUUCCCGCUGCACGUUCGAGAAGUCGGCAUGUCGUGGGCUACUGCUACUACCUGGUGUUUCAACUUUAUUUUGUCCUUUACCUGGCCUCACCUCCUUAGUACUUUUAAGCCCCAGGGCGCUUUCGGCUGGUAUGCAGCCUGGUGUCUUAUUGGCUGGGUUCUGGUUUUGCUCUUCGUUCCUGAAACUAAGGCUCUUACCCUAGAAGAACUGGACCAAGUCUUCUCUGUCUCGACUAGGAAGCAUGCCUCGUACCAGCUCAAGAAUGCUGUCUGGCACUUCCGUGUUUGGGUCCUCCGCCAAAAGCUGGAGCCUCUUCCCAAGUUUUACUAG